AUUACCAAAAGAGUGUCAGAUGAAAGCCAGCUACGAGCUCGUGCACAGUACGCUUGCACUGAAAUAACUUCAGACGCAGGCAGGUGGUUACGGGGAGGUUUAAUGACGAAGCCUCUGACCGAAUUGUAUUUCAUCCAAGGAUAUUUCUCGUAACACAGACAAAGGAAUUAUUAGAGUUGGAGCUCCCCUUUUUUUGUUGCCAUCCUUCUUUUUGAGCACAUGUUAUGGAAGGAGGGGCCUUAACCUAAAGGACACCAGGCGGCCGAAAGAACCCAGACCUGAUAGUCUCUUCGGAAUGAAUCUUCUCUUCCUAAUUGGAUGAAAUGCCUUGACCAUACCCCGCCGUACCAUGGCAGGUUUAGUCUCCUCUGUGGGUUUAGUGGUGAUGCUCGAGGCACUAAUGCAUGCCCAUGGCAGGCGUGCAGUGUUUCUGGGGAUGACCGUGUUGGUAACAGUGAUCGCAGCUGACUCACCUGUUGCAGAUGAUUCUCUGUUGGCCUCCACAAACUACCCCAUGGGAUUUCCUGGACAUGGUCAAAGUUCAACGGGGUUCAAACCGUCAGCCUUACCAGCCUCAUAUUAUACUGCCUUUGAGAGCCCAGACUCACCUGGUGCCCUGCCAUCAGUUUCUGAACCAAACCGUGUAGUUAGGACUGCCGACAACACACAUUUUCAGUGGGGACGUGUUGCUUUUGAAAACUCCAAAUCCUUCACAGCAAGUGAAGUCCCUGCAGAAGAACCAUAUCCUCUGGACACUCCAUCAUUAAGCCCCUCUGAACCUAUAUUGGGUUCUAGUCCGCAAUUUGAGGCAGCUAAAUUCUUCACAGACUGGAAGCUGGCCAGGACAAGGCCGUCCAUGCAAUCUUUCUCUCUCUCUCCAACUCCUGCAAGAUCCCAGCUGCAGCCUCAGUCGAAUAUAUCCAUGGCAUCAUUAAGCCCCUCUGCUUUUACAAGGUCAACCUCACCUCAGCUAGAUCCUAAUUCUGAGCAGAAACCAAUCAACAAGCAGCAGGGUGGUGCAUCAGAUCAAACGGAGGCAAUUGUGACCUCAUUUCCUGCUCAGCCUCUUGAGCCCCCUAAACUGUCUUUCAAUGACUUUGCAGCAGAUGAAUCUUUUAGUAGAAUCCUGCAUGUUAACCAGCCGAGCCCCAGCAGCGCCCCCUUGAAGGACAACAAAGCAACACGUGACAUAAACAUCCUACCAAACCCAGAUGAGAUUCUGGCCCCUGGCUACAAUGUGCCUUUCAUCGUCCCCCACCCUACAUCACCUUCAUCUGAACCCACUGAGGUCCCUCCAGAGGACUUCUACCCCACCAACACCAUGGAAGUGGACUGGGGUUCUGGAGACUACUUAGAGACAAUGUCCUUCCUAAAUGCAGACGGAGAGGAAUACUCUCUGGUCACAAAGGUGCCCUCUGACUCGUAUGAUCUGGAGGACUAUACAGAAAGCUAUGACACAUCCUUCCCUUCCAGAGUAGGCAUAUCCCCUUCGUCUUUGCAACCUCUUCAUGCGUCACGUUCUCCCAGCCUCACCACAACCUACAUCACCAUUGAUCCACUUAAAUCCAUUGAUCCUUCCUCUUUGUCUUCUACAAUUCAUUUUACACUGGACCCCACUCCCACAGCUGACAGUGAUGUACCAGACGCAUCGGAAAUAGAUUGGCCCGAUACUUUCACAAUUCAACCGACAGAUGUUCUCUUACCUGACAUGAACAGCUUGGAGUAUUAUGUCACCCAGUUGACCAAGGAGAAUAACGGUUCAGACACUGGAGCUGAACACAGAGGGAACGUUACCUUGGUAUCCAUCAGUGCGACAGGCAUCACACCCACAGGCAGCGUCACGAAUGAUACCAAAUUAACUGAGGAUGAGUCCUCCAGUGACCUAUCAGGGUUUGAGCCUCAAGAUGAAUCAACCCCAGUAGUAACAACAGAGGAGAGUCCUCAGCUGGUCCUCAGCUCCUUUCUGGAUCCGUCCAUAGUCCCAUCCCACUUCUUUGAGCUAUCUUCUUCUGUCCGGGGAGGUCAAGUGUCCACCACAGAUUGGUCUACAUAUUCUCCAGCUGUUGGGCCGGAAAGCACCUCUGUGUUAACAGAAGCUAUGCUACCCAGUGCCACGCCUUUGCUUCCAGAUGAUGUAAUAUUGUCCUCCUCUCUGACAGAUGUCCAUUGGUUUGUUACAGAGUCAUUCCCAUCAAGUACCAUACACACCACUCCUGUCUUAACAGCAACCAUAGCCUUCUCCCCUGUUCCCACCGAACCUGCUGCCAACACCACAGCUGGUUUGACAGAAUUAACUUCCCAAGACCCUACUUUCACAACUGAACCAACUCUCAAUUCAACUUUAGUGUCAACUGAACCCAUAUCUAACAUCACUUUGGGCCCUCCGGUCGUGUUGGGUGAUCAGGGGGUGACUGGAGAUCAAGUUGACAUCCCAGCCACAAUGACCUUGAUCCCAACUAGCAGGGAAGCUAAUACAGACUCUGCUGUACCCAAAACCACAGCUGCCACCACUACUUCUCAUCAAGCCACAACUAGAUCUACUGCCACCACUGAAGCCUCAAGUAGUGUCAACAUCAUCUCCACCGCCAGUGGAAGGACCACAGCGACAGCACCAAUGUCAAGACCGUACUUCUGCAACCUUGACAGGCCUGCUUAUUUAGUCAAAAUUGGUUUUCCUUCCGGGGCCACUGUUGGAUAUGCCAAAUCUCAAGUGAGAGACAUACUGAAAGGGGAAUUCAACAAGUCUAUGGAGCUGCAGGUUGUGGACCCCCCACCAAAGUUUGUGUUUCGUGUGGUGUCUGGUCCAGUUGUGUACACAGCCAUAUCUGUCAUCAAUGCUCUGCGAAGGUCAGGACGCCGAUUCCUGUCUCUGUCUCCCAACUGGACAACACCAGACAGAAGAUAUCAAGUCCACACAGUGCUGCAGUUUGUUCCCAGCGACGUAGAUGUGCGGUUCUGCAACUUCAGUGAGAGCAUUGAGAAAGGUUUGACCAUGGCCUUUGCAGAAGUGCGUCGGCGUUUAAAGGAGUCAACCAACUUCACAGUGCAUAUUGUAAACAUCACCAUGGCUGCUCCUAAAUAUCAGGAAAAACGGCUGGUGAGGCAACCAGUGGACUUGACCUUCACAGUGCACGGUCCAAGGGGUUAUCUGGUGGGGUCAGAGGUCAGCAAUGCUCUGAUGAAGCUCACAAUGGUGGAAUUCAGCUAUUACAUGGGCUUUCCUGUACUGCAGAUUGCUGAGCCUUUCCAUUAUCCAGAAUUGAACACCAGCCAGUUGCUUCGCUCCUCCUGGGUUAGAACAGUGCUCCUGGGUGUGCUGGACCAGAAAGUGGGUGAGAGGACCUUCCAAGCCAACAUGGAGCGCCGGGUGGCCAUGUUGCUCGGGGAGGCAACAGGAUUAAUCCGACGUGUUAAGAGAGCUACCCUUAUAGGCAACAGCAGUGUUCAGGUUGUAAGUGCGAGCCGGCUGGUGGGUGCGGACCAUCCCUUGGACAUGGUGUAUUUUGUGGAGAGUCCUAGUGGUCAGAGGAUGCCUGCAGCUCAAACAGCCAACCUACUCAACAGUCUGGAUGUUCAAAGGGCAGCCAUCGUCUUGGGAUAUCGUGUCCAGGGCAUUUUGGCACAGCCUGUAGAGAAGAUGGCAUCAUCGCCCUCUGACGCUGAGAACACCAACACGUGGAUCGUCAUCGGGGUUGUGAUUCCCGUCAUCGUUGUCAUCGUCAUCAUUUCCAUCCUGUACUGGAAACUGUGUCGAACAGACAAGCUGGAGUUCCAGCCUGACGCCAUGACCUCCAUCCAGCAGAGACAGAAGACACCAGUAGCUCUUCCCAAGAGCAAACGGACAAUGAGCAGUGAGGAAGAGGAAGAAGAGGAGGAAGAAGAUGAGGAAGAAGAGGAAGCGGAAGAAGUGGAGGAGGAAGAAGAAGACAAAGACAAAGAUGAGGAAAAGGAGAAAUUAAAAAAGAAAGGAGUUAAACAAGAAGAACAAAAAAGACAAGAGAGCAAAUCCAUGAUAACGAAAACAGGGGAGCCGAAGAAGGAAGACAAAAUGAAAGUGUUACCUAAAGGGAGGAGAACCAAGGACGAGUUGCAGGCUCCCAGUGUGAAAGGAUUUGACUUUGCCAAGCUGCACCUUGGCCAGAACAGUAAGGAUGAUGUCAUGGUGAUCCAGGAGCCUGUCCUGUCGGGGCCUGGCCCCGGCCCCCUCCACCUGUCCCUUAAAGACGGCCUCAGUCCAUCUGAGAACGGGGAGAUCCCCACACCCAUGUCCAAAACCUCCACCAAGGCGUCCCGCAGCGGUCGCAGACGAGAAAGGAUCUCUCCGUCUGACGGUGACUCUGUGGUAAGUGACCCUUCGAGCGAGCGGGAAUCAACUGAGGAGAACCUGAGAGCCCACGCCACGCCCAACGACAGCAAGCAGACCCGUAAGGUCCCCAUCAAUGUUUUAAAUGGUCCUCCUCCUUUGAAUGGUACAAAUGAGCAGCUGUCCUCAGCCUCCAUCUUUGAACAUGUUGAUCGGAUGUCUCGUGCCACAGAUGCAAGCAGGAGACUCCCGAACAAAAUCCAGCUUAUCGCCAUGCAGCCCAUGCCUGUCCCACCACUGCACAGCCCGCCCAUCAACGGCAAACUGUCUGACAGCAACCAAAUCAACAAAGAGAUCCAGGUAGCAUUAAGGCACAAGUCAGAGAUCGAGCACCAUCGUAACAAGAUACGUCUGCGUGCCAAGAGGAAGGGCCACUACGACUUCCCUGCUAUGGAUGACAUGACGAGUGGCCUCGGAGAUGCGAAGGACCAGGAUUGCAUCUAUCAGAAAGCACAGAUACAGAUCGAUAAGAUCCUGGACCCGGAUGCCCAGAUGCCCCCCAUCUUCAUGGAAUCCAAGAAAAGUUAUCGUGGUAGGCGCUCUCCCAAACAUAGAAUGAAGGAGCAGCUGAAUGGAGGCCUAAUGGAGGCAGACAAAGACCACCUCAUCACUGAAGACUGUGAUGCUGUUUACAGAAAGUGUCCUGGAGUCCACAAUGUGGCCUACGUAUCGGACCCUGACCAAAGCCCAGGGUCCCCUCACGGGAGCCCCUCCCCCACCGAUGACGUCUUCCUGGGUCCCGCUUCCUCCCCUCCAGGCCACGCCCCUCCCCCACCCCCCUACAUGCCUCCACAGCCAACCAUUGAGGAGGCACGACAGCAGAUGCACUCCCUGCUGGACGACGCCUUUGCCCUUGUGUCGCCCACCUCCCAGGGCAACACCGCAGGGAUCACUCUCCCCGGGGUCAACACCAACCCGCCUGUCUCCAGCCCUCAAGGCCGUGGGCCCAGACCUUGGGGUCCCUCUUACCAAGCUCUUGGUCCUUUCCCCGGUAGGUUCACUGAGCUGAGCUUGUCCCCUCCUCCGGUCCAAGGCCUGACACCAAGGCAGGGCCUUGGCUCGAGCUAUCUGCCACCAGGAGACACUGCAGGGCAGUGUGAGCAGCUGCAGCCAGACAGCCUGUACUCCAGCAGGGGCCUCUACGCUGAUGAGCUGCCCUCAUCUGCCAGACCGCGACCAGUGGGGGGAACGACAGGCGCCCAACUCCAUCAUCUUACACAGGUGGGAUUGUCCAGCCGGAUGAAUGGUUACCCAGCAGGGGUCAGGGCGGCUCCAGGGCAGAACGGAGGCAUUGGCUGGAACCACUACCAUGGCGACAAUUUCUCCAGGGCAGAGCCUGAAAAAGAUGCGUUCCUGGACUGUCUUGACUACACGUCCUCCUCUGUCUUCCAGAAACCCAGAGGUGGUAUCAGGGAGCCUUCUGCGCCCCCUGGCCACCUCGACACUCCGGGGGUGGGAUAUCUGUCAGCUCCACCUCCCCUGGAUACAUCUCCUCCGACCCACUCCUCUGCCUCCCUGAUCAAGGCCAUCAGGGAGGAGCUGUUGCGACUCUCCCAGAAACAGGCAGCUGUGCCCAGCUACCACAGCUGAAGCCCCGGCCGGCCUCCAGUCUGUAGCUCUAACCAGUCACGCCACUGACCCUGCCUGCCUGCUUCGCCUACUCUGAAACUACUUCCCAUGGAAGUCCCCGAGGGUGUACAGCAGAGAGAUAAUCCUGCUAAACUCAAGUGAGGAGGUGGCUCAUAAAGAUUUAUAGUUGGAGAAAUGAAGGACAGGAUGGUUGACACAGCGUCAGAUCAACUGCAGUAUGUCAAAUCAGAGACAGUGUUAUGAAGUGAAGAACAAUAUGAACAGUAUUGCUGGACCUAUGAGAUGACGUGACAUGUGUCAGUCCUGUACCCCGUUGUGGAUCAGGGAAGGAACAUGCCAUGUCCGGGCCACUGGGGUCCAGGAUCUAUUUGAGAUUUUGCUGCAUUUAUUCAGACUCAUGUUUUCAUUCUCAUGCUGCCUUCACUAAACAGGAAUACCCCCUAAGACACAUUACUUAACAUACCAUGCAGGCCCUUAACCUCUUAAUCACCAUCAGGUGCUACUUCAUGUUUCCUGCCAUGAUGAGCCAUGCUAUGCCUUGACACUGUGAUGGAGUUCACCCGACCUGAUCUAUUGUACAAGCCUGCAGUAAGGUCAAAGUUCACAGCGAGCCAGUUCAGACGGUAGGCACGAAGGGGCAGCCAUAGAGACUAAUAACACUUAUUAACACGACCUAGUCUUUCCGUACUCACUGCAGUAGCACAGUUAGUGUGAUGUUGAUAAUCUUUAAACUCUUGACUUACAGUAAAUACGUGAUUUUUUCUGGACAACUUGCAUUCAUGUCCCGUGUUUUUAUUUAUGCUUCGUAGCUAACAGGCGGAUGGACAGAUAUGACAAAAAAAUGGCCUUGAAAUCACAUUUGUUUUCAAACACGAGAUACAGACACAGAUGUGUUCCAAAUAAUAAGAGGAGAUGUUUGGUAUGUACUUGAGAAUGAGGGUCUAUUGUAUUAGGUUGUAGUUUGAUGCACUGUAUGCAGACUACUUGUUGCAGCUCAGGUCAUUCAAAAGAGAUUCGUUGCGGACAAAUCAGUGAUGAGAUUGAAUGGUGAUGUGGAAGAACUCUUAAUGAGGGAGUCACAAAGACCAGUAUUCUUUUCUUUGUUUUUACAUUAACCUGUAUUUACUAUGUACUAAACCACCAUCUCUGUUUCAUCCCGUAUUCAACAUUUUCUUUGCCUAUUUGUUCGCACAGAAAGGAAACAAAGUGUACUGUAUCUGUUGUCAUUUACGAUUUACUUCAACCAGUGUUGUGUUUUUUUUGUAUUUUAAUGUCUUUGGAUUGACCUUGCCUCAUCUCAUGUGGUUCCUCUCAGAGUAUCUCAGUCAUCGUACUGGUGGGAAAUCAUUCUAGGUUACCUAUAUAUUUUUUACAUGCCCCUCCCUCGACAUGUUGUGAUAUUUUGGGGCCUGAAGUGAUAUUUUAUUUAAAUGAAAUAAAAGAGAAAAUGAUGGUUUGUGUAAAGCAGCGCUUGGGAAUAUGUUUCAGUAGAGGGAGGUAAAACAAAUCCUCUUUUGUUUCCAAUGUGUUGUGCCUUUUGGACUCACCUGAACCCAUUCAGUACUCUGUGUGUCCCGUUUAACCGUCACACUGUCUUUGUGUGCGAGGUUAUGCAGCAGCCUGAAUUACAACAGUGGUCCGUUCUAUAAACGACGUAGAUAUUAUAGUUAUGAUCUGUUGGUGCUCUCGGGAGAAUCAGGAUGAAAUUCCAUUCGGGAAAUAAACAACAACAAACACGGUCAUCAUAUGGCGUCUCCUCCGACAUGCAGGGCGAUGGAUUUGUGUCUGGUUUUCCAUCCCACCUCUUAUGAUCACGUGUUGUGUUUCCAAUCUCACGCUGCCUGCCUCCAUCUGCUGGUUCUGUACUGUAACAACAGCCCAUCCUCCUGUGUUCAUCUUUAAUUCCUUUUUAUGAUGAUUAUUUUAUUGUUGGUGGUGUUGUAGUUUUUUCAUCUAUUUCUACAUCUUGUAUUUUGUAAAAAUUGAUCUG